AACAUGGGCAUCGAAAAGGAAUUUAAUCUAGAAGAGGGCGCAGAACGGCUUAAGGACUGGAUUUCCACACAACCCCAUCUCCCACAAAACAUACAUCCAACACUACUGCAGCGAUAUAUUCACUCAACACGUGGCGAUCUCGAGUACGCCAAGAAGAUCUUCGUUCUCGGUUACACCAUCCGCCAGAACAAUCCGGCCAUAUUCGAUAACCGUGAUCCGCUCAGCACGAAUGUGAUGAGCAUUUUAAAAUCAAUUGAUAUGGUGCCCUUACCGUCUGUGGCAGGAUGUGAGGAUAAAUUUAUCUACUAUCGUUUGGUAGAUUGUGAUCCUGAUAGGUUUGAUUUCAACGAUGUCAUUAAGACGUUUUUCAUCAUUGCUGAUCUUCGCAUGAUUCAACCGGACGUUCCAAUGAACGAUGGGGGAGACGUGCCGAUAUUUGACAUGAAUGGCUUCACGCUUCGGCACUUGACCAAGGUCGUACUGUCGACAUUGCGCGUGUACAUGCGAUACACACAGGAAGCACACCCCGUCCGUCUGAAGGCCAUUCAUGUGAUCAACUGUACACCUUUUCUCGAUCGGGUCAUGUGUUUGGUGAAACCGUUCAUGAAGAAACGUGUGGCCGAGAUGUUACAUUUCCAUCUGCCCAAUUCUGAAACGAUCUAUGCACACCUUCCUAAAGCUGCCCUGCCGGACGAGUACGGUGGCGAACAGUCGAUCAUCAAGCACAAGGAAGAUUGGUUCAACAGAAUCAGAUUGCACCGUGAUUACAUCAACGAUGCAAGCCGAUGGAAGAUUGACGAAUCGCGCCGAAAUAAUGGCAAUGAUCUCUGCGGUACGCUGCGAAAGCUGGAAAUUGAUUAAUUCGUUGUUAGGU